AUGACAACUAAAGAUGGGAAACACACCCCGACAACGGACGAACUGCUGGCCCAAUUCGAUGAUCUGAACGUUGGCGCUGUCAAUGCCAAACCGGCACAAGCAGCAGGCAAGCAGGGAGGCGUCGAGGACGAUGUGCUAGACGAGUUUCAGAAUCUGGUCUCUCAGAGGCCCUCGAGUCGGCCUACAACGCCCCAAGUUUCGUCUGUUUCGACCAAAUCGCCCAAACCGGCUACAGCUACAGCUACACCGACUACUGACAGGUCCAGUGAGGAGAAGAUACAGGCCAGGAAAUCAGGAGAUAGCACGAGAGCAUACCAUAGGAGCAUCACACCCUCAUCGGAGGUUGAGCAUACACCACCAAGUCCAGCACCACAAAGCAGCACAGGCGGAUGGUGGGGUGGUAUAUUUGCUACAGCCACCGCGGCAGUCAAACAAGCUGAGGCAGCAGUUCAAGAGAUACGGAACAAUGAAGAUGCCCAGAAGUGGGCGGAGCAGUAUUCUUCAGGGGGAGAACUACGAACCCUAGCACUUCCAACUGUUACAUCACUUCUCCACACUCUGGCGCCUCCAAUAUCAUCUCAUGAACGUCUCCAAAUCCAUAUCACCCAUGACCUCCGAGGCUAUCCUGCGCUAGACCCGCUUAUAUACAAUGUCUUCUCCAGGGUCAUGGCUCAGGUCGAAGGAGGCGACCUCCUAGUCGUCCAACGUGGCCAAGAAGCUGCUCCAAAGCGCGGUGAGAGCACCGGUACGAGUCAGUAUAACGCUGCAGGCUGGAACGAUGGCCCAUGGUGGCGGUAUGCCUCUCCCGGAGGGGAUCGUUCGAUCUCCGCCAUCAAAGGCGCCAUGGUAGCUACCAAACUCGUUCGUGCAAGUGCCGAAUCGUACGCAAACGACUUCUUCGCAGCUCGGGGUGGCAUAGAAGAAGCUACUCGCCAAGCCUCUGAGAUCCUUUCCGACACCAACCCUGUCAGGAACAGCGAUAUCUUCCUCGCCAUCCAAGCUAUCAGCCAACCUGUAUCAGAAGAUCUCUUCCAGGCUGGCGCUGGACCUAGCGGAGACACCGACAAGCCUGCCAGUGGCGUAGUAGAGGCCAAAGAAGAUGCCGAGGAAGAAGUGUCCUUCGCCAUAUACCUACACGAUCCGAUUCAUGGCAUUGCAUACCACACCAUCUCUCAGUCUCUCCCACAAAAGUGGAUCGACUGGCUUGACGCUCCUGCCCCCGAUGCCUCUUCCGCUGGUGAAACUUUAGCUUCACACAGUGAAGUUCAAUCAACAGUUCCGGAGGCUAUUGCUGAAAUCAUUGAGAGCGGGGGGGUCGAUCCACGUGAAUGGGUAGCCGAGUGGGUUGAGGAUGCCAUAACUUUGGCAGUAGGUAUUGUCGCACAACGAUAUGUGGCCAGGAGAAUGGGCGUUGGCGGCGGUGGUGUGAAUAAGGGGAAGAUGAAGGCUGAGCAGGCGACUGUUGUUGACAGCGGAGCGGGAGAGGCUGCAAGGGCGAUUUAG